AUGAGAAAAUCAAGCAAGCUUCCUCAAGCUGCGGCUCUAAAGCAGAUUAUCAGACGGUGCUCCAGUCAGUUCAAGCACGACGGCGACGGGCUUCCGGUGGACGUGCCGAAAGGGCAUUUCGCAGUCUACGUCGGAGAAAACAGAAGCAGAUACAUCGUACCAAUCUCGUUCUUGGAUCACCCCCAGUUUCAAUGUCUCCUCAGACGCGCCGAAGAAGAGUUUGGAUUCCACCACCAAAUGGGCAUCACCAUUCCCUGCGACGAGAUGGCUUUCCGAUCUCUCACGGCAAUGCUCCGGUAG